UCAGCAUACAACAAAAAGAUGGCGAUGACAAACAAAUUAACAAUAACACUUCUCCUUCUAAUCUCCAUAGCCUUUUUCCACUGCUUGGCCUUCCAUUUGGAGUUCGAAGAGUUCGAGCCACGGCAACAGCAAGAGGAACAAGAAGGUCCUGGUGGCAGCUCCGGAAGAGGAUGGGAAGAAGAGGAGACGAACAAUCCGUACCACUUCAAGGAGAGGAGUUUCAAGAGCUGGUUUCGGUCAAAGGAAGUAGGUUUUAUGAAAAUGUUACCUAAGUUCACUAAACGCUCAUCCACUCUCUUCCGUGGAAUCGAAAACCACCGGUUCAUGUUCAUGGAGAUGGAGCCUAACACUUUUCUUGUGCCUCACCAUUUGGAUGCCGAUUUCGUCCUUAUAGUCCUACAAGUUAAAUACUUAACAAUACCGGAAGAAUUGGUAGGAAGUUUGAUUAGGGGAUCACAACAAAUGGGACAAGGGCUUAUACGAAGAGUUUCUCCCGAACAAAUCAAGGAACUUGCGGAACACGCUACCUCUCCUUCGAACAAACACAAAGAAAAAGGCAAGGGCAAGGGCAAGGGAAAAGACAAAGACACGAGUACGAUGUGGAACCCUUUCAAUCUCCUUACACAAGAUCCAAUCUACUCCAAUGACUUUGGCCAUUUCCACGAAGCACAUCCUAAGAAAUUUAGUCAACUUCAAGACCUUGAUAUCGCCGUCUCUUGGGUUAACAUGACACAGGGAUCUGUGUUCCUUCCUCAGUUUAACUCAAAGGCAACCUUUGUAACGUUCGUGGAGAAUGGUUGUGCCCGAUAUGAGAUGGCUAGUCCUUACACAUUCCAAGGAGAGCAACAACAACAGCAACAAAAACCGUGGUUUGAACAAGGAGAAGAACAAGAACAAGAAGAAGAAGAAAUGAGUGGACAAGUACACAAGUUUGUGUCACGCGUGUGCAAAGGCGAAGUUUUUAUCAUUCCGGCAGGUCAUCCAACAGCUGUACUCGCACAAGAUCAAAACUUUGUCGCGGUUGGUUUUGGUAUUCAUGCGUUCAACAGCAAAAGAACGUUUCUUGCAGGGCAAGAGAAUAUGCUGAAAAACCUCGACAAGGUGGCGACGAAAUUGAGCUUUGGUGUGGGAAGUAAAAUGGCGGAGAAACUGUUCACGAGCCAAAACUAUUCCUACUUUGCACCUACGGAUCGUAGCCAUCAGUUUCCAGAGAAACGCAAGCCAUCGUUCCAAUCAAUCUUCAACAUAGCCGGUUUUUGAGAAUGCAUCUACAGUUUUAAGAAAGAAAGAAGAAACAAAAGGUUUAAACUAAGGGACUAAUGUGAAUGUCUUGAAGAUGUAAUAAUACGGUGAUGUUCUGAAACUUCAGAUACAUUAUAGCAUAUAGCAAAUAGCCA